AUGAAAAUGCAGGAUCCGGCUCCGUUGGAUAUCCUGCGGACGUUCGUGAUCGGACUCCAGGCAAAGUUUGCCUCUUUGGUCUCUCCAUCCCUCGUUCUUCUCUGCCCGUGCGGCGUCGGCUAGAUCGCGGGCUCCGGCGACGGCGGUUGAAGGGCGACGGCUGCGGCAGGGCGUAGGAAACCCAGUUUUUUUUUUAAUCUCAAACCAAGACUAGGUUCCUAUAACUUCUGAAGAAAUGGAAAUGGGUGACAAAGCAGUCGGUCUUGUGUUGACCAUGACGAGUUUAUCCAUUUUUACCUACUACACUUUCUGGGUCAUAAUCUUGCCAUUUGUUGACGAUGAUCAUUUUGUCCACCAAUACUUUCUACCUCAAGAAUACGCAAUCUUCAUCCCUGUGUUUGCCGGCGUCGUGCUACUUUCAUUCCUAAGUAUAUUCAUCGGUCUUGUCAUGCUGAAGUCAAAGAAAAAGAAGAAGGCUGCUUGAUGGAUUUCGCGACCCCCCACUCUUCCAGUAGAAUUUCUGGUUUCCUUAUGGAUAGUAGACAGGUUUUGUGGAUGAUCGUAUUUCAUUGAAUCGCCUUCACUUGUGAUCUAAGGAUUUCUCAUUGCACUUAUGUCUUCAAUUAGAUCUAACUGGCAUUUGCAUGUUCUUGGUAGUUAUUGAUCGCAAGGUGUAUAACAUUCCAAGAAUAAACAUUGGUCAAAUAUCAAGUAUUGUUACAUUUA